AUGUUGUUAGCGCUCCGGCUCGGGGCGCUCGGGGCGCUGGCGGCGGCGUUAGCACCACCACAGGCUCCGCCCGCGACGCCGCUGCGCCGCGGCUUCGAGGUCGUCGCGACGUUCGACACGUCGACGCUCGACGGCGCGACGCGGGCGCCGCUCGCGCUGCAGGUCCUCGACCCGCGGCGGUUCCCGACGCCGUCGAAGGCGAAGCGCGCCUGCCGGAGAGCUGAGGUCGCGCUCAACGGGCGGACGGCACGCUGCGGCGACGACGUGAAUGUGGGCGACGUGCUGGAGCUGCGCGCGCGGACCUGCGUCGAGUCCUACCUCCAGGCGCGGUUCCGCAGCGCGAAGGCGCCCUUCGAACUCAAGGUCGCGUACGAGGACGACUACCUCGCCGUCGUCGUCAAGCCCUCGGGCCGGCCGACCCAUUCCGAGGGCCAGGGCCGCAUGAACCUGCGGAGCGCCGUGCCCUUUGCGCUCCGGCCGCCGGCGAGGGUCGACGACGGCGACCGCGCGCUGAGCCGGCCGCAGCCCGUGCACCGGCUGGACAAGGCGACGAGCGGGCUGGUCCUGUGCGCGAAGACGAAAAACGCGGCGGUCGAGUGCUCUCGUAUGUUCGCCGAGCGGCGCGUGAAGAAGCGCUACGCCGCCGUGCUGCUGGGCGAACCGGCUACACCACGAGGCGUUAUCGACGCGCCGAUCCCGGUUGCCGUGAAUGGAGUUUCCACCCUGCGGUCGGCGCGAACGGUCUAUACAGUGGAACGCGUCGUGCGGUCGCUCAAAAUGGACCACCUCACACUCGUUCACUUUGCGCCGCGGACGGGCCGCACGCAUCAGCUCCGCCGACACGCCGCCGAUGUGCUUCGUUGCCCGAUCGUCGGCGACGCCCUCUACGACGGCGGCGGCGCCGCGGCGAUGCAGUUCCGCCGGCGCGGGCUCUUCCUCUGCGCGCGGUAUCUUGAGCUCGACCAUCCUUGUGUUCCGGGCGAGCGGCUCCGCGUCGAGAUCCCGCUCCCGGCCAAGUUCGACGACCUCCUCGCCCGCGAGAGCGACCGGUUCGAGCGGUUGGCCUGA